UCAAAACCAACUUUAACUUUAAAAUACCAACAAGAACCACCAAAUAACACCACUACCAGUAAACAACUUGGCAUAAGUAAACAAAUCAACAAUCAAUACAACUACACAACACUGGUAAAAGCAAAACAUGAGAAACAACAACCUUAUUAA